AUGCAGAACUUCUCGGACAUCAAUAGCAUGCUGGAAGCACUGCCUAAGGAAUGCUGCAAAAAUGGAAAAACCUACAAAGAGGGCGAGGAAUUCGUAAUUGGUCAUUUACGUUACAAAUGCCAAAAAUAUGGUGUUUACUCAAUAGAAGGGUGCGUCACCGAAGGUAAAAUGAAUCUGAAGUUGGGAGAAAGCAUUGUGGUCGACCAUGUGAAGGCUCAGUGUCUUGCGAAAGGAAGUUCAGUGUUCUACAGGGAAACUGUUUGCGGAACAUUGGGACAGCCCGAGUGUGACAAGAUAGAUCUGCCUUCAGGAUACAAAGAAGCUGUGGCUAGGGAGCAGUCAAGCCCAAAAGAGAAAUCGAUCAGCGUUGAGGGACUCCCACCUGGUUGGAAGCUUGUGGAUCAAACAGUUCAGGGAAUUCCCGGCUCGGGUGGAAGACAGGUUGUGUCAAGGACUCUUAUGUUCCAGCCAAUACUCGGAGCCAGCUCACGAGCACGGCGACAAACCGGUCAUGGAAUCGGGUCAGUUGUUGGUAUUGAAGAUGUAGGAACUGAGCGACCUCCAAUGCCUAUGAGUAUGCUACUCAAUGGUGGCAAGAGUCCUCAAAGUGGAAAGAAAGAAAACGCAACAACUAUUCAACACGUUUCAAGGAAGCUAGUUAUCGCCGACAAAAGGUUUGCACAGACAGUUUUUCUUAGAACAUCUUUGACCGGCACAGCUCGCACU